UUUCGUAAACAACUCAAGGUUACUUUUACUGGUAAACAUUAGAAUAUUCUAUAACACUGUCUGACAGACAUUGGCUUCACUGCCGAACGCAUUCGCAUUCAUUCGCAACCCCUUUGAGUAUCGAUCGCUUCGCCGCCAAACACAUGAAAAAAGUAUAUUUACUAUUAAUUAAAUCCUAUUAUAACUACUGGUUAUCAUCGGUGAGAGACAAUGGCUUUGGACCUCUUCUCCCCGCACCGGUCGGGCCGUAACUAUUGGGAUGUGUGGCGUUGGCCGGAGAACCUAAGCGGA